GGGUAAUGGAGGAAUUCAGUUUUUACUUCAGUUUUGGUUCGAACAUGAGUACGUGCCGUAUCUCAAAAAACUGCCCCGCUGGUUCUGCCACCGCCGAGUUUGUGGAUGCUGCAAGACUGGACAACCACGAGUUGCAGUUCUCCGGACCUGACUGGCCAACGUGGCAUGGAGCUGUCGCAAACGUCACACAGACACCGAAUGAGAAUAAAGUCGUCUGGGGUGUCCUGUGGAAGAUAUCACCUGAGCACCUGCACCAAUUGGAUGAGCAGGAAGGGGAGAGCUACAGAAGAAUAACAGUAACGGUUAUGACGAAGUCGGGAUUACAAAUUCCCUGCUUCAUGUAUGUGAUGUGUGAUGAUACUGGAAUAUCCCUUCCCUCAAAGCCCUAUUUAGACACUAUGGUAUCAGGUGCUACAGAACACCACCUACCUAAUGAUUAUAUCAAGUAUUUAGAGCAGAUGAAUCACAAUGGAUAUGAUGGAAUUGUGAUUCCUCCUUGAAACAGCACUAAACCAGUUAUUCCUCUAUGGUUGUAUCUCUGGAACUAAGGUGUCGGUUUCUCAUGAAUCUGUCAAACAUGCAGGCACUUUUUUAUUGAACAGUCACCGACAGACCAAAAAUAAGUGUAUGUUCUUUGUUUAUCAUGCAGUCUUUCGUCCCUAAAUUCAAGAAAUUGUAUGUUUAUUACCAUGUAGUUUUUAUGUCAAACACCAAGAUACUGCAACUUUGUAUCAUAAAAAUUGACUCCUUAGCCCUUAGCAAGGGUAUUUUUUUUAUU